AUGGCAGACGUGGUAGAGGUGGCUGAUGAUGUCUUGCUCGUUGCGCAGACACUAGCCAAAGUGGUAUACCAGACAGGGACGGUAGUAUUGGGCGAUGGACCCCAAGAGUAUGUAUCAACCGCGACUGUUGCUCCAGCUGCUGCUCCGACGGCCAUCGUAUACUCUGCAACAGCAGCUAGUUCACAGUCACCGUCAUCUGCUGCCGUGAAACUCGUAAACACCGCCUGGGCUAUCAAAGAUAUUCUCAGUCAGAAAGAUCCCGUCAAAGCUAAGUCCUUCCUCGAGUUUGAUGUGGAUUCCGCUCCCAAUAUCGAUCUCAGCAUCAGCGAUAAGGAUCAAAUCCACGCUAAAAACCGCCCCCACUGUGAGUCCUGGAACUUGGAAUCCCGCAGGAGUUUCCGACGAAAAGAUGUUGAGCGUGUCGAGAGUUGGCCAACCCGGAAUAGCAUCGAGAUCGAGAUUGGCGAUGUCUUCGACAGCGUCCUCAGCGACCGCUUUGACAUAGGUUUCCAGCUUAUUGAUCGCUGUAUCUGUGAUAUUCACGAUAUCGUCUUUAACAUCGUCAACGGCUUCGGUGAAGUUGAAGCCCCCGGAGAGGGUCAGGUCACCAGUAACUGA